AUGGCUUCCUCUGAAGACUCAAGCGCCAAAAAGUACUCACGCGCAAUUGAUAUUUCCAACCACACGGGCGAAAAACUCCAGGUUCGCCUAUCGAUCGAAGAAGCUUCCCUUCCCAAUAGCCAAGAUCCACCUGCUAUGGCCGGUGAGAGCAAUUCCGGCCACCUCGAAGCACCAUCACUCUCCAAUUCAGGGCCUCCACAGCCGUUCGAUAUAACGAACUUGCCAUUACCAACAGCGGCUAAGGAGAUGAAAAACCACACAACAACGUUGUCCGAGCGGGAAUUUACGCAGCCAGAAUCAUCGUCAGUCCAUCCUGAGGCACCACGGCUUCAGAAAGAAGCCGUUCAGAUAUUUAGAGAUGUGGGAUCGAAGUCUCGAAAAGACUGGAGGAGAAAGGUGCUACAGUACCACUAG